AGCCGCCGAGCCGCCAGCCCCGAGCACGCUGCGCAGCGAGCCGCCGCACUCGCACUAGCAGCCGCACCCGCACCCAUGCUGCUGACGCUGGCCAGCGGCGCCCUCUUCUUCCCGGGGCUCUUCGCGCUCAGCACCUGGGCGCUGCGCCGCUCGCGGCCGGGAUGGACGGACGACGACUGCCUGACGGUCGGCACCAGGCUGGUGUCCUCCGUGCAGGCAGUGCUGGCUACCGGGGCGGGGCUCAUCAUCAUCUGCUCCUGCAGCAACGUGGUCUCAGACAGGCACUGGCUUGCCAGAGAGUAUGUCUGGUUUCUGAUCCCAUACAUGAUCUAUGACUGCUAUGCCAUGUACCUCUGCGAAUGGUGCCGAACCAGAGACCAGAAACUCAGACGUGCCACCAUUUUCCGCAACUUCCUGAUUGAAAACCGCCUAAUGGUCACACAUCAUGCGGUCAUCCUGUUUGUCCUUGUACCUGUUUCACAGAAGCUCAGGGGAGAACUUGGAGACUUCUUUGUCGGCUGCAUCUUCACAGCAGAACUGAGCACUCCAUUUGUGUCGCUGGGCAGAGUUCUGAUUCAGCUAAAGCAGCAGCAUACCCUCCUUUACAAGGUCAACGGAAUCCUCACGCUGACCACCUUUCUGUUCUGCCGGAUCCUUCUUUUCCCCUUCAUGUACUGGUCCUAUGCCCAACACAAAGGAAUAAGCCUGCUCCGAGUACCAUUUAAUAUCCCUUUACACUGCAACGUGGCCAAUGCCGUCCUCAUCUCUCCCCAGCUCUACUGGUUCUCACUGCUGUGCAGGAAGGCAGCCCGGCUCUUUGACACUGCCAAAGCCAAAAAGGAUGGGUAACUACUCUCAGGAGUCAGGCUCUCACACUAGCUGCUGCCUCUACUCAGUAUUCCAAGGACCAAAUUGUGCCUGGGGGAGCUUCUGCCUUCUGGAUAUUGAUGAGC